AGCUGCCAUUGGAAUAUAUACUGUGUUCAUGCUCCGCCUCAAGCCUACAGCUUAUGAUCAUGCCAUGGCCGUUGUCCUUCCCGCCUAUAUUUCUCAUCUUCUUGUGUUCCCUAAGUUUGACCGCUGGCAUGUACUGCGUGAAAUGCAUCUACCAUCAGGAUGAGACAGGUCGGAUCUUCCAACCUGGCACCAUCAUUCUGCUGACAGUUGUUACCGUUACCUGUGCCAUCGAGUUUAUUCCAGUGUAUGGCUCGAAGAUGGACCGCACAAUAACUGCCAUGAAUUCGAUGGAGAUCUGUGAUGAAUAUUAUCAGAAUACAAGGAAGUUUUCAAUAUGAUGCAUUUUGGUUUAAUGUAGAUUUUGUGUAGUACAAUUGAUUAUCUGCGCUGAUCUGAUCAUGUUGAUAAGUAU